AUGAGUUUAGACACUCUUAAUGGAAUUGAGUAUUUAGGGGCACAUUUAAAAUUUAAAGUUCCUGGCUAUCGGGAGAAGGCAGAUGGUCAAAUAUAUUAUAGGAUAGUGUUGUAAUAUACAUUAGUUGAACCAUUUAAGAAAUCUGAUCUUGAAUACACAUACGACAAUUGCAUCGCCUUGUGCAAAACAUUGACUCUCCAAUGUCCUGACUUGCCUCAAUUGCCUGGGAUAGGAAUGUUUGGAUUCAAGCCAAAUACUUUGGACUCAGAGAAGAGAAGAGUAGAUUUAGAAAAAUGGUUGGGAGCCUUGAUCUGGCGAUGCGAUGUUUUGGGAAGCGAGAGCUUUUAUAAUUUCUGUGAAUUAUCCCAAUUGCUCAAUAACAAAUGGCUAUUCCAACCAAAACCAUCUUUGAAAAUUCAUUACGGCCAUGCAUUUCCAAUCUCAGAUUUCCAUUAUGAAAUUGAUACUCAAUUACUAUUUGUAUUGACUACAGAUGAUUCCAUUUCUAGUAAAAUGCAAGGAUUUAUGGGUAUCUUUGGUAAAUCCCUAAAGCCAUCAUUUCAUACAUAAUUAAUCUGUUAUAGAUUGGAUGUCAAUAAAGAAGGCCAAGCUGUAGCACAAACCCUAUGGACUGUGCAAUAUCAACACAGAGGCACAAUGAUUAGAUGGGAAGAGAAAUUGACUAUUCUAGGUAUUGGAUUUGAUGAUGGUCACAUUGUUUGUUUGAGAAUCGCAACGAAUAAAUAAUAUUUAGAAUAUUCUGAAUUUUGUACCAUACAUAAGCACACUCAAUCAAUCAAUGGAAUUGCAUUCAAUCAUUUGACAGGCCAUUGUUACAGCAUUGGCAGAGAUAAAUGUAUCAUCACAACCGAUCUCUAAAAUCCAAGCAGUAUUCUAAAAGAGAAGGAAUUCACGAAUGAGUUGACUUGCAUGACUACCAAUCAAUAUAGACUUUUUGUCGGUGACAACAUUGGGAGUAUAUAUAUAUUCUCCUUUGAAAAUGGCCCUUUACAUGCGAUCCAUUAGAUAAAAUAGGAUGUCACUAUGCAUCUAACUUCAAUUCAAUAUUGUCCCAUUAAGAACUAUUUAAUUUGUGGUAGCAAGGAGGGGUAUCUUAGUGUAUUUGAAAUUGGAAAACAAGGCAAAGAAAAGAAUUCUAAUCAAAUCACCUUGCUUAAGACGCUCCCAAAUAAAGUUGUUCAAUUUUCUAUUAGUACAAAGGAAAUCUAUGUGAAUUAUGGAAAUUGCGUUGUUAUUUUAGAAUCUACCAAUAUGAAGUAUCUUUAUUCAUUAGAUGCUCAUGAUAAGGAUAUAACAAAAAUAUAAUUGUUUGAUUCAGUUGGCUUGCUGAUGACUAGUGGGAAAGAUAACUCUAUUAAAUUCUGGUAAUAUAAGUUUUUCCCUCAUAUUUUAUUGAACAAUGCCAUCAUACCUUAUAGAAAAGAGCCUAUAACUGAAUAGAAGGUCUAAAUUAGGUAGUAAGGAGGAGAAAAGAAUAAGUAAGUUUAAUAAGUGCAACAAUAAAUGAAACCUGAAUUGGAAGACUUGGAUCAUUGGUAAUGA